CGCGACCAGGGCUUCUACUGGUGCUCAACAACAGCAGCAACCAAAGUGGAUUGUCGGCAGCAACGGCGUACCACGGCAUGAGGGUGAACGACCGUUGUUGCUGACGAAACAACUGCCUUCAAGAAAAGAAAAAUCAUCGUCCGGGAAAAGAAGCAAUGCGACACGGCCGGGGCCGCCCGCAACGAACAAUAGUACUAGUACAGCUGCAACUUCGGGAGGAACCUUGUCGACCGGUGGUAAAGGAGGAAUGCCAACACACAACUCCAGAACCUCAAACUCAGUGUCUUCAAAUGUAGUUGUAAGACCAAAGGACGAUAGAAAGCAAGAACUACUACACGCGGCGACAUCGGGUAAUCGACGUAGUGAUUACAGGGCAUACAGCCCAGAACGGCAUACGAAAUCUGUAGUUAGCGGUCGUGUCUCCGGGCAUUCUUCACCCGCGGCGAGUCGGUCCGUUUCAGUCUCCGAACAAAGAGCAGUGCUACAACGCGUGAGUAGUGGCGCAUCUUCAGGCGAACCAACUACAUCUUCAGCGAGUGGGGGUGGACCACAACAGUUUGCAGCCGAGGCCGGCGGGUCCUCCGGGGGAGUGGUCGACCCCGCUCGUGUAUCCCAGAUGCUAAGAAAACCUGUGCACAUUCCUCAGACCAAAUCCUCCCUUCUGCGCAAAUUGCGAGAUUUUGAGGUGGAGCCCCAGGAUUCAGUUCGUUUUAGCUGGACACCCCGCAGAAGUAAGAGGGACACAGCUGUAAAUCUCGACGCGGGUCGUACCAGUGCGGCGAUCAAUGUUGCUGCACCGACGUCACCUGUGUCAGCAAAGAAUAGUCC